AUGUACCUGCGGGGUGUGGGGUUCGGUGAGAUGGAAUACGCGCACGCCGUGAGGGUUCUGUCACGCAUGGGCUACACGCUGAGCGGUGUGUUCACUGUGGAGAGCUCUGUGGCUGGCUCUGCUGAAGAUGCCGCGUUCAGCGCUGCGUGGGAGACGUUCGCCGAUACUCGCCCGAGGGCCGUUAUUGUGUUUGGUGCGCCAGGGAGGGACACCGCGAAGUUUGUUGAAAAGAUGCUGACGGACCAGCGUACUGCGUCCGCCUACCUCCUUGCGCCCUCAGCGCUUCAGAACAUACUUGUACCUGUUUGGCGUGCUGCGGUCUCUCGUGGGGUUCCUUUCAUUCGUGGACAUGUGACAACGACAGGGACCACUCCACUUGCUACCAAUACUCGCUUCUCCGCUAUUAAGCGUUUUCAGUCUGUCCUGCGAGAUUACCUAACGAACAGCGGCCAGAGAGACUACACGGACAGGAAUCACUUCCUCAAUAAUGACCUUGAGGGUGAGCUGAUGGUUGCUGGCUGGAUUAUUGGUGAAGUACUGUCGCAGGCACUCGAUAGUCGUGUGUGGCUAAAAAACAGAGAAACUUUCCGACGGUCACUCUUCACCCAGCGUAGGUACUUAAUUCAAGACAUUGUGAUUGGCGACUUUGGCGGGGAAUGUGUAGGAUCAGCAGCUUCACAGGGCGCCAUCUGCGAAUGUAAUCAGGGUGGACGAACUGUCUUCAUGAAACGGUUUGUAGAAAACUUCCGUAGCCAAGUGGUGCCGAAGGGACGUGUAACUUUUCCGACAUCGGAAUGUUACGGCUCUGCAUACCAACUUCAAUCGCCGCUAAAUGCGAUUGCUGCGAUGAUGCACAGUAUUGUAGUGGUGCCAGAGGCCAGGGAAAGCUUCUCAAACGGUAUAUUUGCAGCAACGGGAGAAGCGCAAUUAAAGACAAUCCACGAAUUUUCCGUACGAUUUCUGAACUCGACUACAGAUGAUGCUGGAAUGGCGCUAAACCAGGAAAUA